AUGCAUGCUGCCGCAGAUGCAAACUGCGUUGUCUGUGUUGGGGUGGAACAGAAGCCGCCGGCGUCUGCCUCUUUCGCGGUGACCUUCUACGAGAGAAAACGUGCCGACUUCGAUUCAUCAACCGUUCGCUUUCUCGCGCCUUCCGUUAGCAAGGUUUCGGAGGAGGGAGAGGACAGGAGAUAUCAUUUGCUCGUUGCGACUCCCCAUGGCCUCGCAGUGCAUGCAGUCCCGGGAAAGGGCGAGCCGGAGGUGACGUAUCGAGACGACCUGUCUGGCCUUUCUUCCUCUCUCCUGGCGGCGCAGCUGCUCACUCCCAACCAAGUUGCAGUUCAACAGGGCGAAGGCAUCUUCUGUCUCGACGCUCGCGAAGGGAAUCUCUGGGCUCUGCCAGCCGACGGCUCCUGCCUUCAGCUGACGGCGCACAAGCAUUACUUGAUUUCCGUUGCAGCGCUUCCGAGCGAGACUCCAUCGGCGCCGCCGGGGGGUGCGCUUCGCGACGCUCCACCCUCAGCUUCGCCUCAGGCAAGACGCAGAACCGAUUCCCUCUAUGUCAUUUGCCAUGGCAAUGGUGGAAGCUCCCUGUUUGAGUUGCGCGAGAAGGGUUUCGGAGACCGCCUCAAUAUUCUUCUUCGGAAGAGGCUCUUCGACUGGGCAGCGGAUAUCGUCCUCCAGGAGGGACAGCCGAAAUCGACUCUCCAGGAGGUUUACCGCGUUCACGCAGACUGGCUGUACGAGAAGCGGGUCUUCGACAAAGCCCUGCGAAUGUACAUCAAAACCAUCGGCGCGCUCGAGCCGUCUUACGUGAUCGAAAAGUACCUCCACUGCCAGCGCCUCUGGCUUUUGGCUCUCUAUCUCCUUCAUUUGCACCGCUGUGGAAGGGCGAGCCAACAACACACCCUCCUCUUCUUCAAGUGUGCCGCCAAGUUAAAGGACGAAAACCUCUUCUCCGCUUUCCUCGACGACCCGUCUAUAAGCCGAGACGCCAUUCUCCCAGCGGCAAUCAAGGAGUGUCGCGCGAAUGGCUACCUGAAACUCGCAAGUCUCAUCGCCGACCGUCAUGGCCAUCACGACGACUAUGUCUCCAUCUUCCUCACCGACUACCGAAAUUUCGACGAGGCUGUCGCGUACAUGAAGGAGCUCGACGCCCCGUCCGUCUGUUCCUUGCUGCUGACGCACGGAUACACCUUGCUGUCGCAUAAACCGAGAGAGACCCUCGCUCUUAUAAAAAACAUCAUCUUCAAUUAUCAAACGAGCGUCGACAUCUUCAUUCCUCUGUUUCUGGACAACGAAGCCCUCUUGCUGUACUUCUUUCUCUCCCUCCUCUACGGCGAGAGCUACGCCCGAGACUUCCUGCAAACCCAGAAGCAAUUUCUCUCCGCCGACGCCUCGCGUGCGUCUCCACACGAAAGCGCACCUCGCACACGCCUUUCUCCGAGUUCACCCUCUUCUGCGCUCACGCCUGCUGAACAAUUUGCCGCGCUGUACGACAUCGUGGUGGGAAGCGACAGAGAGCGAGACGAGGCGAACAAGAAGGCGAGUCGCGAGAGAGAAGGCCGAGACCGGCGAGGCGAAAAACGCGAAGAGCAAAAGGAAGAAACCGAACAACUCCCGCCUCACCUCUUUGGCAGCGCGUCCUUCGCGACCUAUCUCGAAAUUCUUCUCCGCUUUUACCGGAGGGCGCAUACACCCGUCGCGCGGCGGCGUCUUGAAGCUGCAAGCGCGGAGAGGAACUCCGCGGAGGACCAGGCAGAAGAGGCUGUCGGCAGAGCUUCAGGCAGGGGCGAAAGCAGAGAGAGAGAGAGCGAACUCGGGCCAGAGGGGAGACAGGAAGAAAACCGGCGCGAGCGGGAAAAACAAAAACAAGGCUCUGUCGAGGCGGGCCAGUACGCGGCGGCGAUCAUGAAGAUUUUCAAAGAGAGAUCCAUGGGUGAAGAUGAGUUGUUUACGUCCACUCUGCUCACAACCAUCUACGCGUUCGAGGAGGGACUGGAGCGCGUGUGCGAGAAGCAAGAAAACUUCCAGCUUGCGUUGAGCCGCUUCGCCGAAGAGGACGACGUGGCGCCUCUCUGGAAAUUUUGUCUGGCAAACACCUCGAAAAACCCCACGCUUUGGGUCCAAGCGCUCUCCUUCCUCGCCGCCCGCGACAACACGGAGGCGCAAAUCCAGCAAAUCCUAGCGCAGAUUGAGGCACACCGGCUGUUUCCUCCCCUCGCCGUGUUGGACAUUCUUCAGCACGGCUCCCGCGUGACCCUCCGAGCGGUGAAGGGGUAUUUGAUUCACUGCCUGGACAAAUUGUCUCGCGAGUUCGAUGUCUCCUCCUCGCACCACCAGCAAGACGAGGCGGAGGUCGAAAGCAUGAAGGCAGAGGUUCAGCGCCUCCGGACAAGUGGACAGAUUUUCGACCGAUCGCGCUGUGACGCAUGCGGCAAUGCGCUCGACCUUCCGGCAGCCCACUUCGCCUGUUGCCACUCUUUCCACAUCUCCUGUCUCGCCUCGCACGAGGCCGAUCCGGCGAGUUCGAGAGAUAUGACGUCGUCGAGUGGCGCCAUGGCGGGGCCGGGGAAGUCGGAAGGCCUGUAUGCGUGCCCCGUCUGUACACCGCAGGCAGAUGCGAAGCGGCUUCUCCUCGCCCAGCGCGAGGCCGAGAGCGGCCACGCAGACGAUUUCUUCAAGUUUCUUCGCGGCUCCGCGGAUGGGUUCUCGUUCAUCGCUUCGUAUUUCGGGAAAGCCAUGUUUCCUACUCUGCCGACAAACCUCUCAGGGCUGCACCAUGCGCCGGGCUCUUUCCAGCCUCACUGCGGCGUGCCCGGAGCGUAUUCUUCGUCGCCGUCCUCUCUGGCGUUCUACGAACCUCGGAGCAGCGCCGCGCUCUCCAGCUCACCCUUUUCCGGUCGGCCGGGCGGGGGCGGGCCUCAGGGCCCGGAGGGCGUGCGAGCCCCCGCGGGGUGCGGGCGCCAGGCGGACGGGUUCGGGAGACAGGCGUGGGGGCCCAGUUCGGGCGCGAGGGGACAGGGCCGGGACUCCAGAGUCGGGCCUCCGAGCGCCGCGGUGGGAAACACGAGCGUUGCACGAGGGGCUGCGUCGUACCCGUUCAGUGUCUGCGAGGACGGCCGAAACGCGGAGGGACGACGGGGAGAAAUCGGGUUCAACCCGUUUCAGGGGUAG